AUUAUUAACUUAAAAAUGAAGACAGUCAAAUGCUUUUAUUUCUUUUUUCAAAAAAAAUUUAAAGAAACUGAUCAAGAAAACAACUUGUCAAAAUGUUAUUCAGAUCAAGAUCAACCUAUCAAAGAAAUUAUGGAAAAAUAUAAAGAAUUAGAUCAAUCUACAUCAAUGAUUUCUAUGGAACAACCUCAUUUUGAAAUAAUACAGUUCACAUUUACAAGUGAGAAAAUGUCUAACAAAGUAUCAAUUGAAAAACAUUUAGAUAGUUAUUUGAAAUCUUUAAUUAAAGGACAAUUGUAUAUCCCAGGAGUAAUUAUAGGACAAGUAAUCGGUGAAAAUUAUUAUAUAGUACAUUUGUCAGCAGUAACAGUUUCUCCUUGGAAUAAUGAUGAUGGAAAAAAUGAAGUUCUGGCAUUCAAAACUCUUAAUGAUCUCAUUGCUAAUAGUGAUAUAAUAUUCCAAAAAUCAUUAGAAGUAGUGAACUUAUUACCAGGAGGCUCCCAUGUACUCGGUUUAUUUUUUGUUAUACCACAAGAUUUGAAAAGUAUUCAACCAAUAGAUAUAGAUUUUAAUGAUUUUAAUAAUUAUUUAAAUGGAAAUUUACUAUACAAUAAAAAUAAUGAAAAAUGGAAUUACUUACUGUUAAAUUAUUCUUCUCUCAACAAUAAGUCAUUUUGCUAUACAGUUGAUUUUAAUCGUUCUAAUGGUCCAAAAAGAACAACGGUAUAUAAGUCAAUAGAUCACAUUUUCGGAUCAUUUGAUAACGAUUGGGUGACUCUUGUAGGAACAUUUAAUUUUGGAGCAUUAGAUCGAAUAAAUAUAGCUGGUGGACCUAAAGCUUUAAUUUCUAUCCGAGAAGAUUUAUUAGAUAAAUUUGAAUCGGCAUUAAGUGAAUCAGUAUGUGCUUUCAAUGGCUGUGUAUGUGAUGAAAAUACAUUUAUUAAAGACUUUAAAUGUAAUACAAUUGGUGAUGCAUUAAAUAAUGUAGUAAAUAUUGAAUUUUAUAGAGAGGUAGAUACAGGCAGUGAAUAUAAAAAUUCUUCACUUAAGGUAGAAAGAGGAAAAGGGAAAGUGUUAAUGUCUGGUCUAUGCAGUUUAGCUGUACCGUUUAAUCGUAAUGGUACAGUUAAGGAUGCCAUAAAGGCUAUCCAUGAAGAUGCCAUGCAAACGUUUGCAAUCCGUUUAAAAAUGCAUUUAGAAUCAUUGGUUGAAGAGGAAUCAAUAGAAGACAAAGAGGGUGAUGCUUAUGUAGUACAUGAAACUCCACGACGAAUAUUAAUAAUAAAGACUGAGGGUUCUAAAUUUGCAUUCAGUGAUUAUGCAUUUCCUGGUGAAGAUCCUCAAGUAGCAUUAAAUGUAGCUGGAGAAGUUCUUCAUCUUCCAGAAGGAAAAAUGGAAUUGUAUAAUGAAUUAGAAAAAGGGCGACAUGCAUAUUAUGAAGCCUUACCUGAUAUUGAUAGCAGUCCACCCCAAGAUAUAAAUAUCGCAACAUCUAAUAACAAUAUACUUAUUUAUUUAGCAUGGGCAGCUUUGAUAUUGGCCAUAUUAGCCUAUGUUCUCAAGCAGAUAUUUGUAUAAAUUAUUUUGUAAAGAAGCUAAUUUAAUCAUUAAAAUUGCAUUCCUAACAAUAUUA